GGGUAUUUGAUAUCGAGGAUCCUUGGGAAGUACAUACUCCCGAUAGAAGUGUACAUUUUAAAUGGGUAAGGGUCAUGGUUAAUGUUAGGGGUAAGGGUCAAGGUCAUGGUUAAGUCGUUAGGCUAGGGUAUGGCUGUCCCAAGCAUCCCGUCUAGCACUAAUCGGACCGCCAGGAAAAAUAUAAUAACAUCCGUUUACGCCAUAUCCUGUUUCAGCUGUUAAAGAAACAAUGGCGUUGCUUCUAAGGACACUAGCCCGACAGGGCACUUGCUUGUCCCGCCCUCAGUUUGGUGUUUUCUACAGACAUGCUGUUCCAAUGGGAACCACAGCAAAGGAGGAAAUGAACAAGUUCUGGGCCAAAAACAACAAAUUGAACCGACCCAUGUCGCCACAUAUCACCAUCUACCAGUGGUCGGUGCCUAUGAUGAUGUCCAUCACACACAGAGGCACGGGAGUGGGACUCAGUGGAGGUAUCUCAGCAUUUGCUCUCUUAGCGUUGGUGUUGCCAGGUAACUACCCAUACUACCUUGACCUGAUCCACUCCCUGUCCAUCGGCCCUGCUCUACUCGGUCUAGCUAAGUUUGGCAUUGCCUUCCCUCUGUCCUACCACACCUUGAAUGGAAUCCGCCAUCUGUUCUGGGACAGUGGUAAGGGAUUUACGCUUCCUGAGGUGUAUCGCUCGGGCUACGUGGUCAUCGUGCUGUCAAUACUGACCUCCAUUGCUGCCAUUGCAUACAUGUGAGCAGCAUGGCGGAGGAAGGGAGGAGGAAGCGAGGUGGAGAGAAUAUGGAGGGAGGGAUGAAGUGGUUGUUUUGUUUAUAUAUUCUGGUCUUUGUGUCACCAACACAGUAAUUGAAUGGAUAAAUGUAUAAAUAAAUAAAAUGUUUUGUGGUUUAUCAUGGAAAGGUUUAGCCUGGUCAAUCAGUUAACAUGGUCUCCGGGGUAGACGUAACAUAAAUGUGAAUCCGGGCGACUCAAUUACUAGGAUAUGCUACGUUUCGUAUGGUAUAUAUUCAUUUGUGGAUGUUUCGCAUGGUAUGUUAUAAAUUGCAAUUUGUAUAAUAUGUUACAAAUUGCAAUUCGUACAAUAUGUUACAAAUUUGCAAAACGUAUGAUAUGUUAAGAAUUCCAAUUUGUUGUGGCUAACGUUAGCUCGGUGGCUAAUGUUAGGUAGAUUAGGGGUGAAAGGAAUAUCUUUAAAAAGUCAUAAGUAGUUGCUAAAAUUGUCCGUGAUUAGUUUCAAACACGCAUUCAUUCUUUGGGUUGCUAGACGUUCACGUUAUUCACCCAUCCAACCACUCUACUUUCAUUGUUGCCUUAAGUAAUUUUCUGUCUUAUGUAACCAUACAUAUCAUACUGAUUUGAGGGUGCCGGAUUUAGAUGUACUAUGUUAUGUCUAGUCUAUGAGACCAGGCUGGCUGUGCUCAAGUUUAAUUUCAAGUGAAAUGCAUGCAAAAUAUUAGUGAAAUAAAUUAAACACAAUGGGUGCUACAAAA